AAAGUUCAGUGACUCUAGAUAGAAAGAUACCAUCGGUACAUGAAGUGGACUCGCAAGAGGAUUCAGUGAUGGGCAGUCAAGAACAUUCCGACAUGGAGUUCGUGACAUAUGGACAGCUUCGUGAGAUCUUAGAUGGGUAUGUCCAGAGGUCUGAGUUCAGAGAAUUGAAGAGAAGAAUCGAAAAUGCCCCUCUUGUAAAUGAAAUGGAGCAAGAACUUGAAGAAAUAAUAAAGCGUCAAAAAAAUGCAUACAUGGCUGUGGAAGCAGGAAUGUGCCACUUGUUUACUACCGAAGAAAUAAAUACGCACAGUGCAACUGGGAAGAAGCCCAAUAGGUCCACACCAGCAAAGCCAAAGUUUGAUCCUUGGCGCUAUGAUCUGAUGGCUGAACUUGUAAAAAAGCAUUUUGGAAUUUCUAACAAGGAAAUUAUACUAAAAACUCAAAAUGUGAAAAGGAAAUUUGCAAAGAAAGACUGUUAGCUUUAUAAGUUCUAGAUUAUAACCUUGAAUCUUGCUCUAACAAGUUGGAUUAAAUAGAUUUUUAGAGUUACAUAUUAUUGUUUACUGCACUGAAGAGUUCAGCAUUAUCUAGAUUUGUUUGACUGUUGCCUGCCUGCAGGGCGACACUUAGGGAUCAUUGUGUCUGUCUUUCUGUCCUUUGUGCUUUUACAUAUUGGUCAUUUAAGGGGACUGACUUGAAAGCAGAGAGAUUGCAAUAAGGGAAGUGCAGAAGACAUGAAACUUAACUCUUGCGCCAGUAUUUUUUGAGUUAUUACCCUUUUCUGGAUUUUUCAGCUAAUACCUCCGUUACUUUUUAGCUCAUCUGAUUUUUUGAAAAAAAAAUGAUGAGUUAUUGUCAUCACUUGAGCGGUUGUCGGCGUCUGCGUCGGCAUUGCCUGGUUAAGUUUUAUGUUUAGGUCAGCUUUUCUCCUAAACUAUCAAAGCUAUUGCUUUGAAACUUGGAAUAAUUGUUCACCAUCAUGAGCUGACCCUGUAUAGCAAGAAACAUAACUCCAUCUUGCUUUUUGCAAGAUUUAUGGCCCCUUUUGUACUUAGAAAAUAUCAGAUUUCUUGGUUAAGUUUUAUGUUUAGGUCAACUUUUCUCCUAAACUAUCAAAGCUAUUGCUUUGAAACUUGGAGUACUUGUUCACCAUCAUAAGCAGACCCUGUACAUCAAGAAACAUAACUCCAUCCUGCUUUUUGCAAGAAUUAUUGCCCCUUUUGGACUUAGAAAAUCAGUUUCCUUGGUUAAGUUUUAUGUUUAGGUCAGCUUUUCUCCUAAACUAUCAAAGCUAUUGCUUUGAAACUUGGAAUACUUGUUCACCAUCAUGAGCUGACCCUGUAUAGCAAGAAACAUAACUCCAUCUUGCUUUUUGCAAGAUUUAUGGCCCCUUUUGUACUUAGAAAAUAUCAGAUUUCUUGGUUAAGUUUUAUGUUUAGGUCAACUUUUCUCCUAAACUAUCAAAGCUAUUGCUUUGAAACUUGGAGUACUUGUUCACCAUCAUAAGCAGACCCUGUACAGCAAGAAACAUAACUCCAUCCUGCUUUUUGCAAGAUUUAUGGCCCCUUUUGAACUUAGAAAAUAUCAGAUUUCUUGGUUAAGUUUUAUGUUUAGGUCAACUUUUUCUCUUAAACUAUCAAAGCUAUUGCUUUGAAACUUGCAACACUUGUUCACCAUCAUAAGCUGACCCUGUACAGCAAGCAACAUAACUCCAUCCUGCUUUUUGCAAUAAUUAUUGCCCCUUUUGGACUUAGAAAAUCAUUUUCUUGGUUGAGUAUUAUGUUUAAGGCAACUUUUCUCAUAAACUAUCAAAGCUAUUGCUUUAAAACUUGCAACAGUUUUUCACCAUCAUAAGUGGACACUGUACAUCAAGAAACAUAACUCUAUCCUGCUUUUUGCAAAAAUGAUGGCCCUUUUUAGACUUAGAAAAUCAUGGGUAAGACAGUAUUUCUAUUAUACAAAAAAAAUCAGAUGAGCGUCAGCACCCGCAAGGCGGUGCUCUUGUUAAAGAUUGGAUCCAAAGUUAGGUGUUAGACUGAAGUUGGACUGCACGUAAAACUCCUGCUUCUUUGUAAUUAAAAACUAAAAAAACAAGGUGGUCCCAAGGAACUGACUCAUGAAACACGAGCAGACAUGUAGGUCAAACAUGUGCAGACAAUGUCGAAUAUGUAGGUAAAAUGUCUUGUAGGUCAAACUUGUGCAGACAGUGUCAAAGAUGUAGGUCAAACAUGUCCAGACAAUGUCAGAUAGGUAGGUCAAACAUGUGCAGACAAUGUCAAAGAUGUAGGUCAAACAUGUCCAGACAAUGUCAAAGGUGUAGGUCAAACAUGUCCAGACAAUGUCAAAGAUGUAGGUCAAACAUGUCCAGACAAUGUCAAAUAUGUAGGUCAAACAUGUCCAGACAAUGUCAAAUGUGUAGGUCAAACAUGUCCAGACAUGAUCAAACAUGUAGGUAAAAUGUCCCUACGGAAGUGUUGGAAGUGUGGUAAAACAGGUCUUUCAGUACUGCAGAAAUAUGAAAACAGGAAAGACCGUGGAGAGACUAAGAAAAAAAUUAAUAUGCAAAACAUGUGGUGUAUUGUUUAAGUCUAAAAUGAUCCUGAAAGAUCAUGAGCUUGCUCAUGAAAAUCUCAAAUGAUACAAGUGCGUGUGGAAUGCCCUUCAGAUGUAAGGUUUCAUUGUACAAUCAUGCACAAAAGUUCUCAUUUAUAAGUAAAAGGGUAAUUUCAGAAUGCAGAUUUUCUGUUUAACUGACUUUAUUUACAAAAAAAAUUCUGAAAGAUAUUAGUUCUGGAAAAAUGUGUUCAAUUUUUGCUACAUAACAUUUUCAAUUGUGAUAACAAUUAGAAUAAAUACUCUUAAAUAAAAACAGCUGUUUUAUGUUGUAGUUUUUAUUCAUAAACUUGCAUUCUGUCAUCAACAUUUUUCUCUCCUUUCCUUGUUAUUUGAUCUUUCUAUCCUAAUGAAUGCAUUUCAUAUGUCUAGAUACCUUCUGUUCAUACAACGGUCAUUUUUGUCUAGCAAAUUGUGUAGUGGAUCAGUCACUGUUAUUUGCACCUUAUGUGAUGAAGUAUCGAAAGAUACUGUUCCUCACAAAUAUUUGGAAUAUCAGUAAGCAUAAAGAUGUCCAGAAAUGAUUCUGUCAUUUCUUAAUGCUAUGGGUAUUUGUUUGUUGUUUUGUGUUUUGCUGAAAUUUUCCCUAUAGAUUUGGUUUCUAAUAACAAAAGAUAAAAAAGAACUUUGGAAGAUUUUAGCAAAUAUAAUUUUACUCAUCAUAAGUUUGCUUUUUUAUAUUUGACCGAAGGAAAUGCUGUUACUUUUAAAUACCUCUGUUACUAAAUAAUGAUACAGGGUUCUCUUUUCCUGUUGGUUGUGAUCAGUGUGGUUUAAGCAAAAAAGAAAUACAUAGUUUUGUAGGA